CACACACACAAAAAGACCCUCCAAACAAUCAAAAUAUACAUCUGCCUGCCAUUGUAACAGGUGGCCGCUCAUCAGCAUGCCUCCCUCUGCCGAGGCAUCCCAAGACGGGCUGCUCAUUGUUGUGGCGUUGGUGUUCCCGGUGUCGUGCGUGACAGUGGCUGCCAUGUGCCUCUACUGCGACCUCAGGAGAUGGUUUACAUCGUCCGGGGCAAAUCUCGACCGAACGAGCAGCCCGGAGCAAAAGGGCAGCAGCAGCAGCAGCGGCAGCAGCAUCAGAGUCAUCCAGCCGGACCUGAAACUCAGUCGCAGCAGCAGCGCCGUGUACCUGAACAGACCCAGCAGAGAGGACUUUGAAAGGCGCUUCAGCAUGCCUGCUGGAGACUCCUUGGCCCGGGUUAAUGUGAUGCAAACCAAUACAUCUUUGCUCCAGAGCCAGAUGUGCUACUCAUCUACUGACGGUUCUCAGUAUGGAUCUACCAACCUGUUAAUCAACUCGCGCCGCCCAUCGAUAAACAGCCCACUGGAUCCAAGCCAAUUCAACGUAGACAUUUACAAACAAGCUCAACCCCUGGAAAAUGUUGAAGAAUCUUGUCCGCUGGGCUCUAUCAACUUCUGCCUUUUAUAUGAGGAGGAGCUGAACAUCCUGACCGUUCAGAUCAUCCAAGUGCGGGAUCUGCCAGCCAAAGAAUUCGGGAAGCCAGCCUCCUUCAUCUGCACCGUGUCGCUGCUGCCAGACGUUUCGUCGCUGCAGAGCCAAGUCCAUCACAACACUCCGAAUCCCAUCUUCAUGGAGAGCUUCCUCUUCUCGGUGCCCCUGCUGGAGCUGCAUCGGAGGACCGUGCUCGUCAAGCUGUUCGAAGUCGACAGAUUCUCCAAGAAAAAUAUCGUCGGCAAAAUCGAGCAGCCCUUGCGAGACCUCCUGCUGGACAUGAAGGCUCCCCAGCACUUCCUCAAGAAGAUAAAGUUGUGCCGGAACGAGGAACAUGGUGAGUUGUCAAUAUCGCUGGGUUACCUUCCAAAGGCUGAAAAGCUUACGAUCACUGUGUUACAAGCACGGAACAUCAACGCAAUUCAAAAUGGAUCCCAAGGACUAUUUGUAAAGCUGACCGUUUCUGUGGAAAAUGAAAAAUAUAUCAAAACCAAAAAAAUCAUGCAAAAACAAAGAGAUGGUGGCAUCGAGUUUAAUGAAUCUGUGGCUUUCAGCUAUUCAUCUGAACAGCUGGCAAAGACACACCUGUUAUUCCAGGUUAUCCAGACCAGCAGUGGAAAACAGAAGGUCGAAGUUGGGCGCAUCUUGUUUGGCAAGGACAGCUCUGAAAAAAUACUGGCUCGGUGGAAGGUCAUCAUGUCUGGACAGCCUGCCCGGGCCAUCUGGUACAAAUUAAGCGCACCUGAAGUGGACCCCGGAUCUCCAUAACUGUCAAUUGACAAUAUCACAUCACAAAAAUACAGUGACACUUUUCUUUGAGACUCCUGGAGAAUGUUUCAAAUGAACUGUAAAUCUCGAAAGGUUUACAGGAGUUAAGUACCAAUGACUGAUGAAUGUGGGAUGAACUUGUUUGCUUUUUCAGUCAGGUUAAUAUUUACAAGCUACAAAGGCGGUUGGUUGGGUGACUCGUGGGUGGAUUAUACUGUGCCUGGGUAUUGGAGCUAACGACCCCUUAAGAGCCUGAGCUCCUGCGUGGACAUGUUAAGAGUGAAUUUUGUUUGCUCAGCCCACAGAGAUUGCCUAAGAAUGACAAGAUUGAUGGCACCAGCUCAAUUACAUUGCACUGAAGAAAACCCGAAUAAAAAGCUGUCGCUCCUGUUCUUGAUUUAAUUACUGUACAUAAUAUGGUGUAUAUAUUAGAGGGCACUUAAUUGACUAAAAUUCGAGGGUGUUCACGUUUGGCACAAUGUUUGUGAAAAGCAUGUCUGAACUAUGGAUUGCAUUGGGAGCAGAUUUUAAAACUGCAAGGGUACAUUUCAACAACAAAAACAAAUGCCAGUCAUUCAGCUGUCGUACAGAAAUCACCCAACUGGUCAGAAUAAAAGAAGGCAAUUUAAAAUGCAAAACAGUAAUUCUAUAUUGAAAUAAUCCAGUGUUUGAUAUUCAAUAUAACGCUAAAGUGCAGUAUUUUGUUGUUGUUUUCUAUACAGUCGUUACUUUAAGUCUUUGCAUAGCAAAUAGUGUUGCUUUCAGUAAUCAUGAAUAAAAACUUUACAGCAAACCAUUGAUGUCGUUGAUUGGCAUUUUACCACUCUAUUUACGUUUCAAAUUGAAGUUUCGCUUGUUUAAUUUUUAUUAUGUUACGUGGUAAGACGCUGCGGUGAGGUUCUGCAAGAACUGGCCCUGCAGCAACUGCAAGAUAUAUAACAAGAUGCAGCAUGCAAGAUGCAGCCUCAAGGCACACCUCAUAAAUUGUGCACAGAUCAAUGUGUUUCACGUUUCAUUUGUGAACAAGUUUGACCAUCAUCAUUAAUGUAGAACACGGAGCUGUUGCUGUUGCUGUCGGACUGCAGAAUCAAAUCGAAGAGAAAAUCUGCCAAACUGAUGUUUUAAAUGCACUUUGGUCAUGUACGGAAAUAUUGUGGUGUGAUUUGUAGUUUACUUGAAAAAAAAAGAAUCGGUUAAUGGGACAUGCCAAACAUUAUACAUCUUCUGUACAGAGGCCAGUUUUGUUGGUUUGGCCAGUGGCGGCUCCUGCAAAAUCUCUCAGGGGGGGCAAAUGUCUGGAUGAUUGAUAAGGAUAAGGUCCACCCAUGCAAUGGAUAAAUUAACAGCUUAAGCAUGUAAAGGCAACUUCAAUUCUUUAAUAUUAAUGAAAAAUAAAGUGACUCUUACAAUACAUCUUGUUUGUUUCUAUACUCACUAUUAAAACAAACCACUCAAGUUUAUUUUAUUAAAGAUUCCACUAGGUGGCGAUAAAUUAUAUUGUUGGAUGAAACGUGCUUACGUAUGAUGACGUUAGCACGUAUGAUGACGUAAGCACGUUAGUGCAAGCCCUCCCGGAAGCCAUAGAGAAUGCAUUGGAGCGCCCGCCGUUCGAAAAAAAACAUCUUUCAAUGUAAGUCUAUGGGGCCACUCGGGGCGAUUCUCAGCCGGAGUGAAAUCGCCCAAAAAGAGGCGGUACUCCACAGAACGUGACAUGACGCUGAUUGGACUAUAUCCAGAGGCACAGUGACGGCUAGCGUGACUCUGUGGUUCAAUGACAUUGGUGGUGCGUCGCCCAAUCGCCCUAAUGAAGAAACCGCCCCUGGUCUAGACCCGCACCUUGGCUGGGUCGGGUCAGGUAGCCUCCCCUAGGGUAAUUGUAGCCGGAGGACCCCAGAGCGUAGCCAGAGUCAGGUACGCUAGGAGGAGGCUGUGUCCCUAGGCUGUGUCCCUAGGCUGUAACAGAGUAUCAGGACUGUUGGAGUGUUGUAUUGUAAUAAAGAAGUUACCUCUACAAGUGUCUCCGGAACCC